CAGUUCUAGUUUGGCUUUGAUAACCAACAAGUGAAUAACGUGAUUACCAAGUUAUUAGCAUUGGUCAAUGUGAAUUUGACAACAAUUUUUCACAGUUCCAUAAUCAUGUUGCUCGGAGGUAUAAAACUGAAAGCCAGAUGUCGUCCGUCGUCCGGUAAGCAGGUAUUGGCUGCGUUAAUUCGUUGCAGCAGCACGCAGACGCAACCCGCCGGGGCAGCUACGUCAUCGGAAACGAGGGAUGAUUUGGAGUGGCGUAAUGCAAAGCCGUAUGAGGAAAUUCCCACCCCAAAAUCGUUUGAGGCUAUGAGGAACUUUCUUCCUGGAGGACGCUACUACAACGUAUCUAUACCGGAUCUACAUCGACGCAUACGGGAGGAUUACGGUGAUUUGAUUCGCUUGAAGGGAUCGCUCGGACGCAAAGAAGUCCUGCUGACCUUCAACCCGAACGAUUUCGAGAAGCUGUUCCGCGCGGAAGGCCCAUGGCCAAUUCGUAAAGCCCUCGACAGCUUUAUCUACUAUCGGAAGAAGGUCCGACCGGAUGUGUUCCACGACAUGGGCGGGUUAGUUUCCGAGCAAGGUGAAGCUUGGCAUAAGUUUCGUACCAUCGUGAAUCCAGUUAUGAUGCAGCCCAAAAUUGUAAAGCAGUACGUUGAUAAAGUGGACGAUGUUGCUCGGGAAUUUAUGCUAGUUGUGAAAAAUAUUCGAGAUGAUAAAAACGAACUUCCAGCUGAUUUUGAUCAAUGGCUUAAUCGGUGGGCCUUAGAAACGAUGGGGGUUCUAGCUUUGGAUACUAGGCUUGGAGUUUUGGCUAAGCAACAAUCAGAUGAAGCGGAACAUAUUGUAAAGAGUAUUCGUCAGUUCUUCGAAUUGACCUACCAGGUGGACGUUAUGCCCUCGAUAUGGAUGUACAUCAAAACUCCAACAUUUCGGAAAUUGAUGAAUACACUUGAUGAUUUGACCCGAAUUAUUAUGACCAGAGUAGACGAAGCAGUAAUCAGAUUGGAGAAGAACCCUUCAUCGGACAAUGACAAUCAGAGUGUUCUCGAGAAGCUGUUGAAAAUCGAUCGCAAUGUGGCCAUUCUAAUGGCAUUUGAUAUGAUGAUGGCUGGCGUUGAUACGACAUCAUCGGGAUCGAUCGGUGUGUUGUACUGUUUGGCAAAGAACCCCGAAAAGCAAAGAAAAUUACGGGAAGAACUUCGGACCAUUUUGCCGCGCAAGGAUUCUCCACUGACACCGGAAAAUAUGCGAAACCUUCCAUAUCUGCGGGCGUGCAUCAAGGAGGGCAUUCGACUUUACCCACCAACCGUUGGUAACAUUCGCGCCGCAGGGAGGGAUCUAGUGCUACAGGGCUAUCAAGUUCCGAAAGGGACGGAUGUGGCAAUGUCAGCCAUGGUGCUGCAUACUGACGAACGUCAUUUUUCCUGCGCUGAAAGCUUCCUGCCAGAGCGAUGGCUAAAGGAACCGAUUGAUGGUUGUCCCUCGGCAAAAAGCGCUCAUCCGUUCGUCUAUCUUCCGUUCGGUUUUGGCGCUCGAACCUGUAUCGGUAAACGGAUGGCUAACCUAGAGAUGGAAAUAUUGGUUGCACGGAUUACUCGCCUGUUUGACUAUCGGUGGAACUAUGACGAGCUGAAGAUUCGCGGAGCGAUAGUCAAUAUUCCGGAAAACGAGUUGAGAUUCCAAAUGACCGAAGUGGAGGACUAAUCGUGUGUUUUUUUUUAUUUUAAGCAAGAGUGACUAAUUUCAAACACGCGACUCGUUCGGAAUUGGAUCGAAAUUUGCAUCGGAACGAUUGAUUAUAAUUCUUUUGUUGGACUGCAAAAUCCACUGUGGCAUGAUUUACAACUGACAGAUUUACGAUUUCGAUUGAUUUUGAAAAAAAUAAAUGCCCUCCUUCUUGGGAUGAUUCUACAUCAGACGUUGCCGACGACGUUUCGUGUACUGCUUUGAGUAGAGAGUCAAUUUAUUAAAUUACACCAUGACAUUUUAACGACAGUCGUGUUGGGUUGUUAGUUUAUCGGUUUGGUGGCCGGAGGAAUACUGGAUUGCUAACCCAGCACUUGAUUGAUUUCGCUUCGCGACCGGACUGCGACUUUGCACAGGAAGCGUU